AUGGCGGCAAUUCUUUCUUCCCACGAGAAAAGUCCUGAACAUUUGCAGAACUAUCAAAAUUGGAAAGAACUACAUCAGCGAUUACAGAGGGAUAGUAAAAUAGAUGCAGAAAUUUUGCGCAAGAUGAAGAAUAAAGAAAAGUAUUGGCAGCAAAUACUAAAGCGUUUAAUAGCAUUAGUGAGAGUUUUAGGUCAACAGAAUCUAGCUUUUCGCGGUACAAAUGAAACAUUGUACAGUGCCAAUAACGGGAAUUUUUUAAAAUUUGUGCAAUACUUAGCCAUUUUUGAUCCAUUAAUGAACAAACAUCUACGAAAGAUAUUAAAUAAAGAGCUUCUUACACAUUAUCUUGGCAAAGAUAUACAAAAUGAACUUAUUCAACUGUUAGGAAAUGCUAUUAAGAAAGAAAUCAUACAAACAGCAAAUGCAAUUAAAUAUUUUUCAAUAGUUCUCGAUGGUACUCCUGACUGUAGCCAUGUUGAGCAAAUGACAAUAAUUAUUCGUUUUGUUAAAGUUGAUUCAUUGAAAAAGGAGUUUAGUAUCAAAGAACAUUUUUUAGGCUUUGUACCUUUAAAGAAAACAACUGGAGCCUAUAUGGCAGAAACGAUAAUACAACAACUAGAAGAAAUGGAGUUACCUAUUGAUAAUUUACGUGGCCAAGGCUACGAUAAUGGCGCAAAUAUGAUAGGCAAAAAUAAUGGUGUUCAAAAGAAAAUAUUAAACAUUAAUUCUCGAACAUUGUUUGUUCCUUGCAGCGCGCAUACUCUUAAUUUGGUUGUCAAUGAUGCUGCAAAUUGUUGUCUAAUGGCUACAAGUUUUUUUGAUAUUGUCCAACGUGUGUAUGUAUAUUUUUUGUCUUCAACACAUCGGUGGGUAGUUUUCACUAGUCAUCAACCUACGUUAACUGUUAAACCUCUAAGUGAAACAAGAUGGGAAAGCAGAAUAGAUGCUAUAAAGCCUUUGCGAUAUGAACUUGGUAAAAUAUAUGAUGCACUGCUAGAAAUAGCUGAUGAUACUUCUCUAACUGGAUCCUCAGGAAGCACUGCACGCAGUGAUGCCAAAGCACUUGCGAAUAGUGUUGCAAAGUUUAAGUUCGUGGUUUCAAUUGUUGUAUGGUACAACAUACUUUUUGAAAUCAAUAUAACAAGUAAGCAGCUCCAAGCUAAAGAUUUUGAUAUUCAUGCUGCUGUACAACAGUUACAACACACACAAGCCUAUUUGGUUGACUGUAGGAGUGACAUAGGUUUUGCAAGAAUGCUAGUGGAUGCUGCUGAAAUUGCUAAGGAUUUGGAGAUACCACCAACCUUUGAGGCAGAACCACGAUUACGGCGGAGAAAAAAGCAAUUUGCAUAUGAAGCUGAAGAUGAGCCUGUGCAAGAUCCAAAACAAAAUUUCAAAGUGAAUUUUUUUCUUUGCUAUACUUGA